GCUGAAAAAAAAAAUUAUCUUCCUCCAGAACUUAUAUCAAAGUUAAAAGUUGAGACAGUACUAAACGAAUACGGUGAGAGUAUUGAUGAUAUUUCAGACCAGUUAAUUAAGAUAAUAAAUAAACCAAUAUUACCGAAUGGAAAUAAUGAUUUUAAAACAACCUCAAAUUGUGAGGAACAAACACAAGAUUCAAGCUCUGAAAUUAUGGACUUAGUAUCAAUAAAAAAAGAAGUUGAUCAAUGUAUUAACAUUUUAAUGAACAAAAACAUGACUCCUUUCAUAAAUGAGGGCUCAAUUAAAAUGACCUCACAAGAGUUUCUUGAACUAAYAGAAAAACAAAAAUUGAUUCAUACCGAAAACUUAGAAUUAAAAGUGGAAUGUAUCCAUAAGCUUAUUAAAGCUGAACAAGAUUUACAGAUUUUAGCUGAUUCACUAAUAGUACAGGUAUAAUACUACAAAUUAUUAUUAAUUACUUUGGUAUUACUUCCUAAUAAUACAA